AUGGAUGGAGUAAAAAACAGAAAGACAUUUGAAAGCCAUCAUCUUAAACUAUUGAUUUUCUUUAUGCAGCUUUUCCACUAUAUAAAGAACAUCCAUUUUAGAAACAAAAAUGGUGAAGAAGUAUUCUUUGAUCUGUAUGGUGACCCUCCAGCACUGUACAGCAUUAUAAACUAUCACGUCACAGCAGAAAACACUUUUAGGUAUGUGAAUGUUGGAAGCUUUGACUCCAGUGCUGCAGAUAACCAAAAACUGAUAGUUGAUGCGCCCGCCAUUGUGUGGAAUGAAGGUCAUGGAAAGAUCCCUCAGUCACUGUGCAGUGAAAGUUGUUCUGCAGGCUACAGGAAAGCACCUCAACCAGGCCAGCCAAUCUGUUGCUUCAGCUGUAUCAUGUGCGCUCAAGGAGAAAUGUCCAACCAGACUGAUUCUGUUUUAUGCAUGAUGUGCCCUGAAGAUGGAUGGCCUAAUGACAGACAGGACAAGUGCAUUAAAAAAGAAACUGAAUUCCUUUCCUAUGAAGAACCACUGGGUGUAACACUAAUAGCAGUUUCCACACUCCUAGAAAUGGCCACUGCUGCUAUCCUAACAAUCUUUAUAAAAUAUCGCCACACACCUGUUGUCAAGGCUAACAACAAGGAGCUUAGCUAUUUGCUUCUAUUCAGUCUCAUGAUGUGCUUCCUCUGUCCAUUAUUAUUCGUAGGCCACCCCACCCAUCUGACAUGCAUGUUUCGCCAAGGUGCAUUUGGCAUCAUUUUUACAUUGUCUAUCUCAUGCAUUUUAGCCAAAACAGUUGUGGUGGUCAUUGCCUUCGGUGCUACUAAGCCAAAUAGCAACCUGCAGAAAUAUACAGGACCCAAAAUGCCAAAAAGUAUUGUUAAGCUCUGCACAACUGUUCAGGUUAUAAUAUGUGUUUCUUGGUUAAUUGUCUCUCCCCCAUUUCAGAAUGAAAAUACAACUUCUGUAACAGGGAGAAUCAUUAUAGAAUGUAAUGAAAGCUUGCCUGUGGCAUUCUGGUGUAUGCUAUCUUAUUUGGGCCUUUUAUCCACUGUAAGCCUUGUAGUUGCAUUUAUAUCCAGGAAGCUUCCAGACAGCUUUAAUGAGGCUAAAUUUAUCACAUUCAGUAUGCUAGUGUUUGUUAGUGUGUGGAUGUCAUUUAUCCCUGCCUAUCUAAGCACACAAGGGAAGUAUAUGGUAGCUGUGGAAAUAUUUGCCAUUGUAUCCUCAGGGGCUGGACUGCUGAUUUGUAUAUUUUCUCCAAAGUGCUAUAUUAUCUUGCUUAGGCCAGAAAUGAACACAAGAGACUAUGUAAUGAGGAAGAGUACACUUAAGGAUGAAGAAGGCUAA